AUGGCCGACUUCCCUCCUCCAGCCCUCAGAGAAGCUGCUUCCAAAGUGGCCAGCCUCCUCCGGGAGCGCAGCGAGACCAUUUCCGUGGCCGAGACAGCCGCCGGUGGACUCAUCUCUGCCGCGCUACUCGCCACUCCCGGUGCUUCCAAGGUGUACAGAGGUGGUGCCACCCUCUACACUCUCGAGUCACGCAUUGCUUUUGGUGGUUGGACGCGGGCCAAUAUCGACAAUUACAGUGGCCCAAACCCAGACCUGGUUGCCGGCCUCGCCAAGCACGUUCGUGGCGUGCUGGGCUCCACUUACACGGUUGCUGAGAGCGGCACCGCUGGACCAACAUCUUCAAGGCAGGGUGCAAAUGGACAGCCCGGGUACGUUGCUCUGGCCGUGGUGGGCGAGAACGACACCCUGGCCAUGGACUUGAACACCGGCCUCGGAGGAGAUAGAUCAGGAAACAUGGUCGCAUUUGCUGUUGAGGCACUCAAGCUUGUGGCGGAGUUCAUCCAGAAGAGCGCGUCGCAAAGUGGCAAGAUCUGA